GUGGAGUUCGCGGGCGGAGGAUGUGAGCUCACACGCUGGGAUUGCUGGCGGGCAGGCGGCCACAGUCUGGGGGCGGCACGGUGUCGGCUUGCAAUCCAGCUGAGAGGAGAGGCACCCCCGGGGACGCACUGAGAGCAUGAGGCUCUGGCCCCCACUGGCCACUCACUUGUGACCCUUCCACCACGGUGGAGCCUUCCAAGCCGACCUCCUGCCGUGUGGUGAUCUACCUGCAGCGGGAGAUGUCAGGGGAUACCUGUCUGUGCCCAGCCUCAGGGGCCAAGCCCAAGCUAAGCGGCUUCAAGGGAGGAGGCCUGGGCAACAAAUACGUCCAGCUCAAUGUGGGCGGUUCCCUGUACUACACCACCGUGCGGGCGCUCACCCGGCACGACACCAUGCUCAAGGCCAUGUUCAGCGGGCGCAUGGAGGUGCUGACUGACAAAGAAGGCUGGAUCCUCAUAGACCGAUGUGGAAAGCACUUUGGCACCAUUUUGAAUUACCUCCGAGAUGACACCAUCAUCCUCCCUCAAAACCGGCAAGAAAUCAAGGAAUUGAUGGCUGAAGCAAAAUAUUACCUCAUUCAGGGGCUGGUGAACAUGUGCCAAACUGCCCUGCAGGACAAGAAGGACUCCUACCAGCCUGUGUGCAACAUCCCCAUCAUCACAUCCCUGAAGGAGGAGGAGAGGCUCAUCGAAUCCUCCACCAAGCCCGUGGUGAAGCUGCUGUACAAUAGAAGCAACAACAAGUAUUCCUACACCAGCAACUCCGACGACCACCUGCUGAAAAACAUCGAGCUGUUUGACAAGCUCUCCCUGCGCUUCAACGGCCGUGUGCUCUUCAUCAAGGACGUCAUCGGCGAUGAGAUCUGCUGCUGGUCCUUCUACGGCCAGGGCCGUAAGCUGGCGGAGGUGUGCUGCACCUCCAUUGUGUACGCCACGGAAAAGAAGCAGACCAAGGUGGAAUUCCCAGAGGCCCGAAUCUAUGAGGAGACACUCAACGUCCUACUCUAUGAGACCCCCCGAGUCCCUGACAACUCCUUGUUGGAGGCCACAAGCCGUAGCCGCAGCCAGGCUUCCCCCAGUGAAGAUGAGGAGACCUUUGAACUGCGGGACCGUGUCCGCCGCAUCCAUGUCAAGCGCUAUAGCACUUAUGAUGACCGGCAGCUCGGCCACCAGUCUGCUCAUCGUGACUGACAAGACCCUCAGGGAUUCAGGGCGUGGGACACCCUGUCUCCCCUCCUGUGGAACCCUGCCCCAUUGGCCAGCCCACGCUGCUGCUGGCUGGAUCUCUGCUCUAGCACCCAGAGGCAUGACAGGCCCUGCCAGGGAGGUCCAAGCACCUGAGCAGCAGUGGGGCCCCAUCCCUUUGCCCCGCUCCCUGAGCACUUCAGGCUGACUGAGUCCUGGCCCCUUUGCUCAGCGUCUCCCUCCCUGCCUGACAGGGAGCCGUUUCUGCCCCUGGGUGAAUGGACUGACCUGCCCACCUCCCGCUGAGAACAUUCCCCUUGGCCUUUUGCCGAUCGCCCCUUUCCUUUUCUGAAGGGCUGCCAUUAGGCCUCAGCUGAGGCUCAGGGGGAAUGAGUUUGUUCUGUGGGGAAGGUGGCUUCUGGUGCUGUGGAGACCCAGUUUCUUACAGAAGGUGGGGCUCCUUUUUUCCUAAGGUGUUUAAGCACAGGCUUGAUGGAUUUGGUUUUUUAAAAAUAAUCUAGGAAAUGAAUAGUUUUAAGUCUAAUAAUGAGGGAACUGGGUAUUUCUGCUACUCCUUCAGUGUGCUAAGACCCUGGGUAAGGCAGAACCCCUGGCCCUUCUCCAUGCCUUUGGGAUCUGUUUCUUUAAAGCACUUUGUACUUUUAUUCAGGAGAUUUGUAUUCAGCCCUGACCCACGUCGUCUCUUUCUGACCCUGAUCCCCUCUUCCCUGCAGAAUCAAACUGAGGGAGGGGAUAGAAGAAGCAAUAAAAGGAAAACUGACCAGCUUUGGCUGUGCCAGCCUGGCCCAGCAGCCAUCCCAGAGA